CCGAUUCAUCAGCUGUUCAUAAUAGAUACGCUGCUUCCGACACCAGCAAAACAGCUGUGCAGCCUGUGUGCUCCAACAAAUUUUGCCUAGCCGACCGCCACAAUUGAACAGCAUACACGCCUUGAACUAUAUGUAAACAGAAUCUGGUGGCUAAGCGCAUUGCUGAAAGGACUUUCACUCUAAUGGCCAACAUAGUCCAAUAUAUUGUGGUGCGUAGUGACUUGCGCAGCACCCUCAACUGGCCACUGGGUGCGGUAAUUGCGCAAUGUUGCCAUGCAACGGCCGCUGUCAUGAGCCUCCACGCUGACGACGAGGAGACGCAGGCAUAUCUGAAGGAUCUGGACAACAUGCACAAAGUGGUGCUGGAGGCCAAGGAUGAGGCGGCGCUACUAAAGCUAAGCGAAAAGCUAAAAGAGAACGAGAUCAAGCACAAACUCUGGAUCGAACAGCCAGAGAAUAUACCGACCUGCGUAGCAAUCAAGCCUUAUGUCAAGGAUGUGGUACACAAAUAUGUGAAGCAUCUGAAGCUAUUAAAGUAAACAACUGUAGCUUAGAUACCAGCAUUUAGCAUUUCUAUAUAACAAUAAAUAAAGCUGGCGAAGAUCUAUGAAAAGUUCGAGCUCUAGUGAUAUAGCGGGAGUGGGUUACCUGCUCUAGAUGUUGUUGAGGUAGAUAUACUCCUCUGAUAUCCACAUAGAAUAUUAUGAAGAUGAUUCUGAGUCACUUGUAUAUUAUGAAUUCAACACGGCUGAUUGAAGUGUAGAGAAAAUUA